GACACAUUCGUCUUUUAUACUAAUUAUAGAGAUCAGACAUGUCGCGAGGCUCUCGGAAUCGCAGCCGUAGGCAGGUGGAUGAUGAAGACGAAGAUGUCGGCGUUGAUGCUCCCCAGGAAAUCGAUGGCGAAUAUGUCUACGACCCAGAUCAAGACCGGGACGAAAAACGCGCUCUAAGACAAGAUUAUAGGAAGUUGCAGGAUAACGAGCUGCUUUUGGACCCGAAAGCAAUCAAAAGCGAAGCGUUGACGCAGAUGGUGCAACGCGCGGAUACGCUUUUCUCAAAGGUAAAGGGACCGCAGGAAGCGACACUUGACUCUUCUUUCCUUGUCACAGCAGCGACACUGGGCAACGCUAAAGCACGUUCUAUGCGCGCUGGUGCGGGAGGUUUUGAGAUCGACGACCUUGUUGCCCGACUGUUCACGUUCAUGGGUGGACAUAGACCCGGGGAGGAACGUAUAACUGAGGACGGUGAGAAUGUGGACCCAGAUGUUGAAGGCGAUCGCCCACUGGAUUGGAGUGCCGUUGGGAGAAAGGCGAUGGCGAAGAGUCGGAGGGUACCUGCUCAGGACUUCAUGCUUGGAUUAUUGACCGUUGAGGCGAAGAAGAGGAAUAUCGCCAAACGUACCCAGCGCGAGAAAGCUGACGCUGUAGAAAGGCGUCCUCAAGAGCUCAAAGAAGAUGAUAUCGAACGUUCAGAAAAUGAGACAACUAAGAACGUCGCAGCACUCGAGGGCUUCCUAAAAAAGCAGCCCGCACCAAUGAACCUCUUCCACUUAAUAAUCAACCCGGAGAGUUUUGGACAGAGCGUAGAGAAUCUAUUCUACUUGUCGUUCCUUAUUCGAGACGGGAAGGUCUCGCUGGAGUACUCGGAGGAUACCAAUGAACCAAUGAUCAUGCUGGUUGAGCCGCCAACGGAUGAGGACUAUAAGGAAGGACUGACGAAGAAGCAACUGAUUUUGGAGUUGGAUAUCACUACAUGGAAGAGAGCAAUUGAAGUGUUCGAGAUUAGGAAAUCCGCCUUACCAACUCGAAAAGCAGCGAGAACAAAAUUGGGAGAUAAAUGGUACGGGUAGAAAGGACAGACUUACUUUCUUGUUUUCCCUGGAUCUCUGUCUAUAUAGUAUUGUAGAAUUAAUAAUUCUGAAUAAAC